AUGGGAUUAGAUCCAGACAACAAGAAUAGCGAGCAGCAGACUCCAAUGUCACUCGCUCUCGAACACGGAGACAUGGAUAUCGUCUUCGCUCUGCUCGCGGCUGGGGCCGGUCAGCGUGAGACUUAUGCACGUGGGGGCACUCUCGUGCACUACGCCGUCCGCGAGAACGAUCUGGCACUCCUCCAGUGCGCCCUUAACUCAGGCUUGGCCGUGGAUUCUAGAGACCUUACCGGCAUGACUCCGCUUUUUCACGCAGUAUCGGCAAAUGACGCAGACAACAUGGAUAUUGUGCAAGAGUUACUUGCGGUUGGUGUUGAUUCAUCAGCUGCCAACGAGGACGAGAAGACUCCUCUGCAUGCUUGCGUCACCUGCAACGACCAAAGAGUGCUGUCGACGUUGCUCCAGAUGAGCAAAGUUGACAUUCCUCGCAGACUGGCCGGGGAGAGUCCAUUGUUGCUAGCAGUCAGACUGGGGGAGAAAUGGGCGGUCGAUUUGCUUCUUGAAUCCGGAUUCCUCCCCGAUCUCCAAUCGAGCUCAGGCAAGAAAUCUAUAAAGACGGCAGCAGAUCGUGGAUACGAAAAGCUGGUUCUCUCAGUACUUCAGGCGACCACCGAUGACGCCAAUCUGACAUUCGCGGUCGCACUCUCCAUACGCUACACCGAGUUUGCCAGCCAGUUAUUGGCUUCUGGGUCCAUCGACCCCGAUCCUGCGCUUGACCAAGAGAGUCCGUUGCACGCAGCGGCCAAAGUCGGUGCAGUCGAUCUCAUGUGCAGACUUCUGCAGGACGAGCGUACCAAGAUCAACCGAAAGGACGUGGGCACUGGGAGUACGGCUCUACACAUGGCGAUUGAGGGCGGUAGCACGGAGGCUGUUGAAACUCUGCUUGCGCAUGGCGAGCGGACUGAUCCGGACGUUCCGAACAAGAUUGGGGAAACGCCGCUCUUCGAGGCGGCACGCCGAGCCAUGUUGGCGGCGUGUCAGUUGCUGAUGUCCACUGGCCGAGUAUGCGCAGCGCCACCACCCAACAAGUACGGGCUCACGCCGCUUUCCAUGGCAGCAGGGACUCGAACGGGCGGGGACGUUGUCGAGUUCCUCUUGGGGCAUGAGGAGCUAUCGGGAAACCUGAUGGAGAUUGAGAGGGCGCUUGAGCAGGCGAAGGCAUAUGCCGGGUACGACAGCUAUGAGAGGCAACGGGCGGUCAGGCUUUUGGAAGAGGCCAAGGCCAACUUGGGGACCAGCUUUGUCUUGGAAUGA